AUGGAUUGCAAUAAGGACGAAGCUCAUAGAGCUAAGGAAAUCGCAGAAAGAAUGUUUUCAGAAAGUGACUUGACGGGUGCGAGGAGAUUUGCUAAGAAAGCAAAUUCUCUUUUCCCGGAUCUGGACGGGGUUCAGAGUUUGAUUUCGAUUCUGGAUGUUUAUCUUUGUGCCGAAAGAAAAGUAAACGGGGAAACGGAUUGGUAUGGAAUACUGGGUGUUGAUCCAAGAGCAGACCAUGACACGAUUAAGAGAAAAUAUAAGAAUAUGGUUCUAAUACUUCAUCCAGAUAAGAACAAGAGGGUCGAGGCUAAUCAUGCUUUCGGUUACAUUCGUGAAUCCUGGAAGAUCUUAUCUGAUGAAAAAAGUCGUGAAUCUUAUGAUCGUAAGAGGAGGGGAACAAAUCAACAACAAGAGGUUCUGGUACCAUCAAAUGGACCUGAUAAUGGAUUCUCUGAUGUCAAAGUCACGAUUGCUAAUCAACGCAGAGCAGGAAGCUCCGACUUUACUCCUACGUUUUGGACUGUAUGCGACCAUUGCAAGAAAAAGAUUGAAUAUUUUAGAAUCUAUGUCAACCGUAACAUUCGAUGCAGUAAUUGUAGACAACUUUUUCUCGCAAUUGAAACUGCAGAGCCUCUUGAUCCUUCGGAAGCGGUGGACAUCAAGAAUGAACAUUCUGGUCAUCAAUAUCAAGAAUUCACUCCUAUUGUUGUUCAAGGUGAUUCCAAAUUUCAAUGGAAUCCGUCUUCUUCUUCUGAACCAGCUGCUGCUGAUAUUGUUGCAACAUCUGAUGAAGCUGCAGCAGCAGUUAUCAUUCAUAAAGAUGAUGAACAUGAGGUUAAUGAGGAGGAAUUUACUUUGCCAAAUCCAAAAAGAAGAAAGGGAGAAGAAGAAGAGGCUGAAUGA